GUACACUUUCGCUUUGCAGUAUCCCUAUGAGUCUGAUCGGAUCGGCUGCUCUCUCUGCCUAAAUGCCUUCAUAUGUGUUUUCGCAUUGGAAUGUUUUCUUUUUCGGAUCGUAUUUCUUCGCAGCUCAGCUUGCAUCAUACGAUAAUGUGAUUAUUGAUAAAUUCAUCGCGGGUGUUUAUAGCGAAAUAAUCGGCUGUCGGUUUUUAUCUGGCAUCUAAAUUAUUUUAAUCUGACCGUAAAUGUCGCGAUUAUCUUUGUUUUUCUACUGGACGCUCGCGGCUCUAAUCAUUAUAUCUUUUUGUGAUUAUUCUUGGGGAUAUCUUUGGGAAUCUCAGAAAAGUUUGGAAACUGAAGAAAGCUUCGUCCCCAUUGAGUCGGAUGGGCUUGUUGACCAGGUGGAAACCCGUUUCGUCCGGCAGGUUUCCAGCACGUUGAAGAAGCAGAAUAGUCGCUUUAACGAUGACGCUCCUCCCGUGCAUCUACCCGAAGAUGUCGUGCCGCUGGAUAAGAAUACUUCCUUAUUAGGAGCGCCGGUUAAUUUAUCAGGAUAUGAGGAACAUCACAUUUAUUACAACGUUUCCUUCUACAAUCACAGUGCCGAAUCGUAUUAUGUUGAUUUGGACCGUUACAAUGGGACCGUAAAUCAUGACGGUUUAUCGAAAGCACAUCUCAAAGCGGCGGGAAUUACGCUGAAUUUCACCUUUCCGUUCUAUGGAUAUCGAUUAAACAACCUGACAUUAGCUACCGGAGGUUUCCUCUAUACGGGGAAUCCCGAUCACAGCUGGAUAGCGGCGACACAGUACAUCGCGCCGCUAAUGGCCGACUUUGAUCUGCUGGUCCGCAAUGAUUCACGCGUCAGGUAUCUGGACAAUGGGACAUCCUUGACGGUCGAAUGGGAGAAUGUGGUGUUGCACGAGAAGAAAGAAGUGGGACCGUUUACGUUUCAAGCGACCUUAAAGGACGAUGGUACAAUAAUAUUCUAUUACCAACAGGUCCCGAUUUCCAUCGUUAGUGUGCCCAACGAAACCCAUCCCGUCAAAGUUGGCAUAUCCGAUGCAUAUAUGAUUGAUCGGCAACGUUUCAUUAUCCGAUACCGCACCAUCUACGAGUACCAUCGUAUUUCCCUCAACACUUGGGACAUUGCCAAUAAUACCGCAUUGAUCCUUGAGGCUCUCCCAACCUGUAUUGCACAGACAUCGUGCGAAAGCUGUUUACGGCAUACCGCUCUUGGGUGCAUGUGGUGUGAAGCGUUGGAACGGUGUUCCGACGGCGUCGAUCGCUUUCAUCAGGAAUGGUAUGCCGGUGGUUGUCACGUGUCGGCCUCCAAUACCACCUGCAACGCAUCUUUAGCAGCCCCUCUCGCGGCGGCCGCCACCACCCCCAAGAUGACCGUUAAACUGACCAAACCGAUUACCAAGCCGGGCGGCAAUAAAACCGGCAGCGCCGAGGGACCGCUCAAAAAAGCCAGCAGUGAUAUGUCGGAUUACGCCACAUCAUCGCGUAAUCGUCCCGCUCCGUCCACGGCCAAUCCCGGUCCGGCCGCUGGGGGAUUAUCGGCCAAGUCCAAGUAUACGAUGCUGGGCAGCAAUGUCUCGGGCAGCACCGCGCCCGGUAUGCCCAGUCCCCUGACUGCCUCUCAGGAAACGGCGCCGCCGCCGUCGACUAACUAUGCCGUGGCCAUUGCGGUUGUGCUGGUCGUGGUGGCUGUGACGGCCGCGUUGGGAUGGGUGGUGUACGCGUAUUUACGGCCACAAACGCCUUCCGGGCAAUGGCUAAUUAAAUAUCGUCCGAAUCAAUGGCGGCGAAAUCGGGAUGAUGAAAUUCAGAUUGCUAGCACUCCCUUCUGAAGCUCUGAUUGGAUUCAACUGCUCAAUCCCGCGAAAAACCAGAGAGAAGACUACGGCAUAUAACUUUACCUACUUGAUAAGUUGAUAGUUUUGCUCGUUCUUUUGGUGCCAAAACGUUGUACCCAAAUUUUUUCUUUUGUUGGUUUUAUCGGUUUUACGUUGUUUUAUGAUGAUCCGUGGUCUAUUUUAGCGUUCUAUUGAACCAUGUCUUUCAAACCUGCCUGUUGUAUCUGUUUGCUUUAUUCCGUCAUAACGUUAACGUUGGGUCAUGCUCUCUUUUUUCUCGAGUUCGUUUUUACCCGUUUCAUACUGUAUAUCUUUGGGAAGCAGUUUCUUACGUACAGAAAACAGUAAAUUUUUACAA